AUGUCCGGGACUACUACUACAUCGCCACCUCAAGAUGAUAAAUAUGAUCCUUUUGUGCCUAAAGGUGCAGCAGCCGCAGGCGGUGGACAAAAAACAGCACAAAUUCAAAAACAAAUUGAUGAUACUGUAGGUAUUAUGAGAGAAAAUAUUAAUCGUGUAGCUGAAAGAGGUGAAAGAUUAGAUGCUUUACAAGACAAGACUGAAAAUUUGACCGUGUCAGCACAAGGUUUCCGUCGUGGUGCCAAUAAAGUACGAAAGAGAAUGUGGUGGAAAGAUAUGAAAAUGAGAAUUGUUCUUAUUGUCGUAGUAAUCGUAUUAUUAUUGGCCAUCAUUUUACCAAUUGCUCUUAAGAAAAAAUAA